GGUGUCGCGCCUGGUGUCCGAGAAGCGCGAGUUAGAGGCCCAGCUGGACCGAUCCCGAGAAGAGGCGCUGGCCGGGCGGGCGGCGCGCCAGGAGGCCGAGGCGCUGCGCGGGCUGGUGCGGGGCCUGGAGCUGGAGCUGCGGCAGGAGCGCGGCCUCGGACACAGGACGCUGGGCCGCCGCGGCCAAGACUGUCGCCGCCUGACCAAGGAGCUAGAGGAGGUGAAGGCGUCGGAGCGCAGCCUGCGAGCCCGGCUGAAGACGCUCAACAGCGAGUUAGCCGCGUACAGAAGGGGGAGACGGACUCCGCCCGUGGUGCCGCCCCCGGCCCGGGAAGACCGGACUUCGUUGUCCCGGGAGCGCUCCACGUCUCGUGGCCGGGGUGCCGCCCGUUCCUCAUCCCGGGAGAGCGGUCGCGGGGCCCGGGGUCGCGGCCGGCCCGCCCGCCCCUCGCCCUCACCCACAGGUGGUCGCGCGCCGCGAUUCGACCCCACGGCCUUUGUGAAGGCCAAGGAGAAGAAGCAGAGAGAGAUCAGGAUGAAGCAGCAGCAGCGGAACCGACUGGGCAGUGGGGGAAGCGGUGAUGGGCCGUCCACCGCAUGGUCUCGCCAGGCCCGGCCUCCCGCCGCCGUGACUGGCCGAGGGGACGCAGCUAACCGCUCUCGGAACCGCAGCUCCUCGGUGGACAGUUUCCGCAGCCGCUGCUCGUCUGCCAGCUCCUGCAGCGAGUUUGAGGAUUUCUCUGAGUCGCUCUCCAGAGGCCUUCGCUGCCGCGGCCGUGGGAAGGCACUCAGUCCCACACCCUGGAGUGGGUCCAAUAUGAAGUCCACCCCUCGGGAACGCAGCAAUCAUCAAAGACGCCUGGCCAACUCAGGCGGCUGGGUCCCCAUCAAAGAGUACAGCUCCGACCACCAAGCGGCUGACAUGGCCGAAAUAGACGCCCGCCUGAAGGCCUUGCAGGAAUACAUGAACCGACUGGACACGCGGUCAUGACCAUGGAGAGGUGGUUCUGCCCCUCACCCCACCCUCCAGUGGGUUAUGGUAUGGGACAGGGCCGGGGUCCUUCCAACCUCCCCAAGCCCUGCCUCUCCAGGUGCUCCUGGGAUCUCAGGCCUGUGAGGCCCUGACCCUGCCCUCUUCCACGCAGUGCAUGCUGGGAGGGAGGGUAUGUGCAUUUGUAAAUAAAUAUGUUUGUCCUUGGGACCCCUUAGCUUAUGACUGCAGGGUGGGGGUACAGUGGAGAGAAAUGAGGAGGAUGGGGCAUAUAAUUGGGGCCUGGGGGUGUUUUGGCAUCUGUGAUGGGGGUUUAGGCUCAGGAAAACCCUGCGUUACAAGGGGAGCCCUUGGGGUGGCAGUGACAGCCCGUUUCCCAAGGAGUCCAAGCAGAGAUUCUGCAGGAUGGCUUUGGCUGUGUGGUGGGGAAGGGAUUCUUGCAGUAUGGUCCCUGCCUGGGAGGAACCCUGAGCUGCUGUUGGUGACAUCUGAGCCUGCUGUGUGCUGAUUCCUGGGCUCUGACCUGAGACCUCUGGGUUCUGAGCUGUGAUGUUGCUGCCGAGCUGGGAUCUCCGGGGUCUUGGUUCAGGGUCGGGGCCUCUGGGUUCUGAGCAGCAGUGAGGACAGAGCUUUGGGAGGAUGGGGGCUGGCUGGGGUCUUGUGGGAGGGAGAAGGA